AAUGCAUUGUGCAGUUUGUGCAAAACUCGGUAUUUUGUUUGAAAGUUACUAAUACCAUGUACUACUUCACGUUUUCUGUAAUGAAUGUAAGAUAGUGUGUUUCAUGUUGAAAUAAGACACCUUUUUAGCUGUGAUGUUAACAAUAGAGAAUUCAUAUAGAAAUGCAAAACAAGAAAGAAAAUUAAUCUAAUAGAAAUGAAUUUCGUGUUAUAUUUAUUAUAACGACAAUUCAGUAUUAUAAUAUGUACCAAUGUUUGCUGGCUAAGAAUUCUACUACCAGUUAACGUCAUUGCUAAUAAAAAGUGGAAAGGAGAUAUAAAAUGGCACACAUUUAAAAAUCACAACGAGGCACAAACUUUGUGGGGACAGUGCUAAUUUCUGUGCCCAAAACACACUGAAAUCUUGAGCAACCAAAAAUGGACCUGAGAUUUCGUGCAAGUAUACGUAUAGAAAAAUUAAUAACAUGAAAGAAAAGAUGAGACAGAAUAUAGUUAUUGGAUAAAUAAUUAUAACGAUAACACUAUUAUCGCUACCACUACUGCUGCUAAUACCACUACUAUGACUAUUAUUAUAACUACAACUACCAUUAGUGCUACCACUAUCAUUACUAUAAUUACAACUACCGCUACUACCAUUAUCAUUAUAAAUUGUCCUUGUAAUUUUUAUAUGCCAAGUGUAUACUUUAUAAUAGGAUAAAUGGAAAAAGUAUGGGGAGUGAGUUGCAGUAAAUGUAACAUAAUAGCCCUACUUAAUAUAAGCAGGGCACAAACUAUGUUAACUGAACUAUGAAUUAUAAAUAUUGUAUAAGACGAUAAAUAAUAAUUAUUAUUACCAUUAUUAUAACUAUUAUCGAUUGAAUUAGCAAAUUGUAAUCUACCCAUCAACCACUUUGAAGUAAGGGAGAUAUGAGUCUGUAAUUCGUGUGUAACAAAAAUCAAGCUGUACAAUGUUGUUGUUAUUGCUGUUGUUUUUUUACUGUCCUUAAUCUUAUUAUUUUAGAAGAAAAUUUAUAUUUUGCUAACGCAAAUGAACAUCAAAUUUAUAAAGCUUAGAAUAUUUUGUCUAGUGGGUUAAGAACGAAUGAAACGUUUUUAGAUGUGUUUAAAAGCAUAAAUUUAUUUCGUUGUAAGAUAUGUAUUUUAUACAUUAGCAUUGUACGAAAUGUAUAUAGUUUCUUAUAUUAUUUCGUACAGUUAUUUGAAGAUGUGCAAUAUAACCUCAAAAUGCUAAACUUGUUAUCCUUAAGAGUACUGUAUCUCAUAUUAUUUUCAAUUAAUUUUGCACAAACUAUUGUUGAAAAUAAAUUUUGUGAGAAAGCAGAUGAAUAUGGAAAUAAUGAUAAGCAAUGCAAUGUUCAAUCACGCUAUUCACGAAAUCGUUAUAUACUUUACGAUAUCAAUCCACCGGAAGGUUUCAAUCUUAGAAGAGAUGUUUACAUUCGUAUUGCAGUUUUUAUAAAAAACGUAAUGGAGCAAGAGAAAGAAUUCAAUUGGAAAUUAGUUUUGCCUCCAUGGGGUAAUAUGUACCAUUGGCGAAGUAAGCACAUAGGAUCUCAAACAAAAUUGCCUUGGAAUAUAUUUUUUGAUAUUGCAAGCUUACAAAAAUAUAUACCAGUUAUUGAAAUGUAUCAAUUUAUACAAGGUAUAAUUCUUAUUACUUUCUUGUCUCUCGCAAAUAUAAUAAGUAUUUACUUUUUAGAGUAUCCUUCGGAUAAUGAAGAAACCCAACUUGAUGUUGUAUAUAUUCUCCAAAAUGAUGAAGAAAUGUUUAAAACAGGAGAAUUUAAAGAUAAAAAUGAAGUAGUAGAAUGUGAGGAUGAGACUUUAUGGUACAGUAAAUUGAAAUCUACAAAAUACAAAGGAUACUUUUGGGGAUAUGAUAAUGUAACUUCUGAAGCUGUUAAGUGUGUUGUGUUUCAUGGCAUGAUAUCAGAUCUUCAAAGAAAUCUUAAGCCUACAAUUUACAGAUCUGUAAUGUUUGAUCGCAUGGAAAUUGCUUUACACAAUGUCUAUGGGUCACAAGAAUAUUGGAGAGCUAGACGUAGUAUGCGAUACAAUUCUGAAUUGUAUAACAUUGCAAAUAAAUUCAGAAAAGAAUUUCUGAACUCAACAGAUGAGGAUGAUAACACCAAGCGACCAAACGAUUGGACUAAAGAAAAGAAUAGAAGAAAUGCAAUUGGAGGGCCAUAUUUAUCAGUUCAUUUGAGAAGACGCGACUUCUUAGUUGGUCACUCUUCAACAGUACCAACAAUAAAAUCAGCUGUGUCUUAUUUGAGAAAAAAGAUGGAUGAACUUGGAUUAAAAGUUUUAUUUGUUGCCACAGAUGCUGUAGAGGAAGAAUUUAAAGAACUUGAAAAAUACUUGUUUGAUCGCACAGUUCUUAGAUUUAUUCCAUCAGAUUAUAUAUUGAAGAAAUUUAAAGAUGGCGGAGUUGCAAUUAUUGAUCAAAUAAUAUGCUCCUAUUCCAGGUAUUUUCUAGGAACAUAUGGGUCAACUUUUACAUUUAGAAUACAAGAAGACAGAGAGAUCAUUGGUUUUCCCAGUAAAACAACAUUUAAUAUUUUAUGUAAAAAUAAUAAAAAAUGUGACUCUAACGGCCAGUGGGAAAUCGUUUGGUAAUUGUACGAAAAUGUAAAUUAUAUUUGAAUUAAUUAAAUCGAUUGAACGAC